CUAUUCUACUGGCCUUCCAGCAGCUCAGGAAUAUCAACUCAUCUGCACGGGCACUAUCCGCCUCUUCCCAUUCGAAAUCACCAACCCUCGCAGAGUCAAUCAACAAUGGCCUCCCUCCUCCCUCUCCGCCGCACCCCCUCAACCCUCCUCACCACCACCAAAACCCCCCUCUUCACCCGCUCCAUAACCAUCGCCCCCCGAUCCUUCAACUCCCGAUCCUCCUCCCUCCCCCAAAGUACCACCACCAGCACUCCCCUCCGAACCCUCCCUCGAACCACCGUGCCCCAGCCCCUCCACCCCCUCUCCAUCCGCCAACAAUCCUCCACUGGAGACAACGAACCCUCUUUCCGCCAAUGGGGCUUUGAAGACAUAACUGCCUCCCUCCCCACCACCUCCCCAGCCUCCCCGCCCUCGAUGCCCCAAAAAUCCCUCAUCCUGAUCGACGUCCGCGAACCCGCCGAAUUAACCUCCACGGGGAUCAUCCCCUCCGCCGUGAGCGUGCCGCUGGCGUCGCAGCCCGACGCGCUGUUCCUGACGGAGGAGGAGUUCGAGACACGGUUUGGGUUUCCUAAGCCGGGCGUCAAGGGGGAUGGCGAGAUUGUGUUUUAUUGUAAGGCGGGGGUGAGGGCCAGGGCGGCGGCGCAGUUGGCGGUGCAGGCGGGGUAUGAGGCGGAGAGGAUUGGGGUUUAUGAUGGGAGUUGGUUGGAUUGGGCGAAGAAGGGGGGACGGGUGGAGAGGUGGGAGGGGGAUGAUAAUUGA